AUGACACAGCAAGACGUAGCGUACAUAACAGAGUUUCUCCAAAAUUUCGACAGAGUUGGUGGCAAAGACGGUGGCGGCUUCGUAAUGGAACAACUAGGACAAUACUUGGCAGACGAACCGUUAUCAGCAGAACCAACCAAUGAAGAUCCAGACAGCUGGGAGGCCUUCCUUGAAGAGAAUGCUUGUCUCGAGAGUCAUUCUGCUAUAUUGAAAAGAGCUGCAGGUACUUCUCUGGUACAACAGUUCAAGGUAUGA